CCACCAAAGCGUCAGCGCCACCAUUUAGGUCCUCGGCGACUUGCCCAACUUCCAGCUCGCCUCGACCCUCCAGAACUUCCAGUUUGAUCUACCGACCAUGAUGCAGUUCCUCAGCGUCCUGUCGUACUUGGUCGUAUUCCUCAACUAUACCAUGUACAAAUCUCAGGAAGUUCCAAUAGGAUUUUACAUUAUAUUGGAUCUGUGGUUCUUCGCCUACAUGAUCUUCAGCCUGGCGACCUUUGGAAUAUCCAUACACGCCUUCACUGCCGGUCAGAUCAUCUUUGGGCUGUUUUUGGAGCUCCUGAAGCUUAUCUUUGUGUACAUGCUGCUUCGGUAUACUUUGAACAUUGUCUUCAAUGACUCCACACAGCAGGCUCAGGCCGCCAAUUCGCUCGACAAUGAGCCCCUGCCUGCCUACGAGCCACCAAAGAGCGUUGUUUUCCUCCCUCCGCCCUACGAAUCCCGAGUCUCGAUUUCGAACGAAACCCCCGACGAGACCACUGGCGAAGCCCUCGACGACCCCAGCCCUCCUUCUUCGCUGUCCCCGGUUUGAUCGACGCUGCCGGAUCCCGUCUCGACCGCGAAUCCUCUGAAACUGCGACCGAUCCCCUCUGCCCACCCCCACCGAUCCCGUUGCGACAAGACUCAACUGAAUCGACCAGCCGAGUGUGAUGGGUUGC